AUGUGGCACAUAUUUAGUACCGGAUGUGGGCUGAUAGCCGAGCAUGUGGAGAUGUUUCCAUCACUUGGGAUGUUCUCAACACUGCCUUUCUGGAGAGAUCCUUCCCCAGAGAGCAACGAGAAUCUAAGCACAGAAGGAAUGAGCAGAUAUGUGACUGGCGUGGUGGAGGAUAUAGUGAAAGAUUGUCGGGAAGCCAUGUUUCUUGAUAGUAUGGAUAUGGGCUGGUUGAUGGCGCAUGAUCACCAAGUGAAGGAGACUCACCGUAAGAGGAGACUUCAUGAAAGCAAGAACCCUAGGACUGCGAAUCAGAGAAGAGCAUUAGGUACACUUGAGAAAGACAUUGCAGUUACCUUUCUUGUUCAUGUUGUGCCUGAAAAAGUUGUAGAAAUUGAUCCUAAAAAGGUUGAGGCAAUGGAGAAAUGGCGAAGACCCCUUACUCCUACUGAUAAUCGCAGUUUUCUAGGUUUGGCCAAUUACUAUCGUAGGUUUGUGGAAGGAUUUUCCACAAUUUUUGCUCCAUUGACAGCCUUGACGAAGAAGAAGGUGAAGUUUGAGUGGUCUAAAAUAUGUGAGAAGAGCAUCCAAGAGAUCAAAGACCAACUCACUACAGCCCUGGUUCUCAUAUUGUGGAGAAGUGAUGCAGGAUAUGUGGUGUACUGA